UAGAUGAUGAUCAUAUCCCGCGCGCCGCUCGGUCAUGGCGGGUCAGCAAGGUGCACUCGAUGUUUUGCACCGCAGUGUAAAAGAUAAUAGAAAAUAGUAAUGUGGGGUUGAUCGAGGCUUACCAUAUAAUGUGAUGGGCAGCGACUCAAGUAAAAGAGACAGGCAUCAAGCCAAGAGAGACGACGCUAUCAAGCCUGGCAUGGCCUUGUCUCCAAUAUGGGAAUAUCCUUUGCUGACGGAAUUCGCCACCUUGGCCCACCUGGUCUGGCAACACAGUGCAUGGUGCUCGGCAGUGGAGCCCCAAUCCCUGAGGCCCUCCUCCUCCCAGGAGACAGUCCUCAGAAGCCUGUCAUGGAGUGGCCUCUCCCUGGCUUAAUCUCUAUCUUUCUGCCUGAGUUCCCACACCCUAAAUUCCCGGGGCAAGACCAUUUCCAGGUUUUAUCCAAGUCUGAGAUACUGAAGCAUAGGGUCCUGGAACAGUCAAAGGAGGAGGUCAUCAAUUCAGGUAGGUCACACUGCAGGAUGACCUGUGAAGCUGCUAUCCUGAGCAGGCUUUAGCUUAGGGUCUGACUUAGUUUAGGGGAUAACAUGCUGGAAACAAUGAAUCACUGAGCUCUAAUAAUGACUAUGCCAAUUAUCCCUAAGAACUUCUGUGCAACAAGAAGCAUGGUCCCAUGGAGCUUUUGCUCGGCAGGUCAGCCACCCAUUCCUCCACAAUCUGCAGGAUUGCUAGCAGACCCAGCGUCACCUCUUCAUUAUGUGAAUACUGCAGUACUGGAGACCUGUAUACCUACUGGUUACUGAAGGGCUAGUUUGGGGAGGAUGAGGCUCGGGUGUUUGCUGCAGAGCUAGCCUGUACUUUGGAUGGAGAAUGUCCUGUCUGACCAAGGUCAUCUGCGUUUAACUGACUUUGGACUCUCUCGCCGUCUUGAGCAGGGCGCAAGAGCAUUUACAAUUUGUGGGACAAUCCAAUACAUGGCUCCUGAAGUCCUGAGUGGGGGUCCCUACAGACAUGCUGCUGAUUGGUGGUCUCUCGGGGUUCUGUUGUUCUCAUUGGUGACUGGAAAGUUCCCUGUGCCUCCAGAACCAGACCACUCCAACAUGCUGAGAAAGGUCAUAGAUUGCCCAUACUCCAUGCCCAAGACCUUCUACCCUGCACUGACCCUUCUGCUCACAGAGCUCCUAUGCAAGAACCCAGCUCAUCGCCUGCGUAGCCUGGAGCUCUUCCAAAGGCAGACAUUUUUCCGUGGCACUUCCUUUGACUCUCAACUGCUACAGAAGAGACCCGUUGAACUAAUUCUAGAACUGAAGAACCAUCCUGAUCGUCCAGCCAUAGCCAUGCGAGGCCUGUCUAUGGACGGCUUCCAGAACUUUGACUGUGACAUACUCCACUCCCCUACCAGCUCCACUGACAUGUCACCUACUUUGGCCAACAUUGACCUGAGCCCGACUCUGGCUACAGCUCAGGGUUUUAGUGCAUGAUAUGUGCCUGUGCUACUAUGACUCAAUACUGACUGUAGUGGAAACAAGUAUGGACAUGUAUUUGAUAUAUACAUUUUGUACCACAUGGAUACAUGGUUGUGAAAAAGCUCCUGUAUGUUUUCUUUAUUUACAUGGCCUAUUUGGCUCCCUCUCUUCCUCUGUAUACAUCUUUGCAUACAGAUUUAAUGGGGUGAUAAUUAUAGAUGAGCUUAAAUGCACUGAAAACCACCACUUACCAAAAAAGGUUUAGAACAUUUCUAUUUCCCAUUGAGUACUGCAACUCAAAGCCUCUCAAGGCUCUGCUAAAUGGCACUUUCCACAUGUGGAUCAACCACCUGCAUGUUUGACCUUUUACCUUUGUUAUUACAUUUGUAUAAGAAGAUCUCUAUUUUCCUGAAAAUCCUUUCACAUAUUUUUCAACAAAGUAUUUAUUUAAUUCUGUAGGUUUGAUUGCUUAGGCCAUCUAAUUAUUUGAUUGACUGUUGUGUGUGAUCACAAUGUCUUUGACUGUUCACAAAGUCCUGCUCUAUACCCAUCUCUCAUUAGAUUUCACUAACUGUUGUUGUGUUUUACCCAACCACAGUGACAUCUGAAAAAUGAAAGCCCCUAUGAACUCAUGAUGGAGUUGUCUCCUGUCAUGAUAUACUAGGAGAAAUAUCAAAGGAAAUAGGUACCUUUAUGCAUAGCCUCUAUUUGGAGCCACUUGAAGUGUUAGAAAGAGUUGAUAAGUUCCACAGGUUUUUUAGGUUAGGUGUUUUUAGCUGUUCCAGAUAUAGAGACUGAGUCACUUCAGACACCUGAUCAUCAGUCAUGACAGCAGAGAACAUACACACGUUUGAGCCAGUACAAUACAAGAGGAGGCUCUCAGUUUAUUGUAACCAACAGAAAAGUAUACAUCUUACAGCGUAUUAUUCAUUUGGAAUCUCAAAUGUUUUUUCACCUGAAAUCUGUGUGGUUCAGUUGGUAGAGCAUGGAGGUUGCAACGUCCCGGUCAUGGGUUCGAGUCCUGUGGGGCCCUGGACACCCAUAUGAAAAUGUAUGGAUGAUGCACUACUGCAAGUCCUUUUGGAUAAACGCGUCUGCUAAAUGGCAUAUAUCAUAUAUUAUGUUAAUAACACAUACUGUACAUUAUUUGUAUUACACUACAACUGGAUACAUAAAGACAACCUUUUCCUCAGA